AUGUUGUCGACUAUCGUCUUCAAUGCUGUGGGCUUUUACAUCGUCUUUUUUUGGAUGGUAUGGCCCGUUUUACAAUACUUCCGUGACCAAAAAGGAUUUCGCAAGUACCCAAAUUAUACUUUGCUCGCUGGACUCACCGACAUUCCAUACUGCUAUUUGAGUGCACUUGGCUUUCGGUCGCGCAAUCUCACAAAACAUCACGAGAAGUCUCCUAUUCUGAGAAUUGGCCCCAACAACCUUUCCUUCGGAGGUAUCCAAGCCAUAAGAGAUAUCUACGGUCACUCCACAACCUGCGUGAAAGAUUUAAAAUAUGCCAUCACUGCAGACGCCCAUCCACAUUUAUUUGAUGUCAUUGAUAAGCCCAGUCAUGCUGCGAAAAGAAAAAGACUGUCAGCUGCAUUUGCCAUAAAGAAUCUUGAGCGAUGGGACUUCAAGGUUGCGCGAACUACAGAGCGUCUGUGCGCCGCUUUUGACAAACUCUGCACUAAACCUUUGUCUUCUGGUGCCAACCCAGAAACAUCCGACCUGACGGUUGAUUUCAAUAAAUGGGCCAACCUAUUCACGAUCGAAGCGAUCAAUAACAUUGCCCUUUCGUCGACAUUGGGUCUUCUAGAGCAAGGCAAUGAUCAUGUUACGGCACAAAGGCGGGAUGGCACUACAUACGAAGCCCAGUACCGCAAGUCUCAAAAUACGUCUGCCUACGCCACGUCUCACUUUGUGUGGGACUAUAAAAAUUUCAGACUUUUUGUUCGGCUUUCGAAGCUAUUUCCUAGGUGGAGAAAGGCCUGGAAAGAGGCUGCGCCAUUCAAGGACGUCAUCUACCAUCAAGCUGUAACCAGGCUCGACCGAUACAACAAUGGAGAAAAGCUGGAUGACUUCUUUACUGCCCUCAUGGAUGACAAAAAUGGUCAGCCUCAAAACUUAGAGUGGGGCGAAGUUGUGGGAGAGCUAGCUGCCAUCCUCGACGCUGGCGCAGAUACAACAGCAAUCGCACUUACUCAAAUACUGGAAUUGCUCAUUCGCCAUCCCGACCACUUAGCAACACUUCGCGAGGAAGUUGAUAGCGUGCUCCAGGCAGAAGACAUUGUCGCACCUUACGACACAGUCAAGAACCUACCUUUCUUACGCGCGUGUCUGGAUGAAGCAAUGCGCAUAAUCCCACCUACAUCUGCAGGUCUACCACGCAGAACUCCGCCAGAAGGCGCCAGGAUUUUAGGUGAAUGGAUUCCCGGAAAUACAAGUGUUUCAAUGACUAUCUACACGGCGCAUCAUGAUCCCACCGUGUUUCCAAAGCCAGAUGAAUACCAACCGCACCGGUGGAUGGAUAUUGAAGAACGAAAAAGAAUGGAGCCAUAUUUCAUUCCGUUCUCUACAGGCGCGAGAGGAUGCAUUGGACGGAAUAUUUCGUAUUUGGAACAGACUGUCGUGCUGGCUUCACUGGUUCAUCGCUAUGAGUUUGCCCUGCCAAGUCCAGAUUGGAAGCUCCAGCGAUUUGAAGCUUUCAAUCUUUUGAUGGGUGAAAUGCCCAUGAAGAUGUGGCGGAGAGAGAUUCCCGUCGAUGCCACGGGCAUUUACUAG